UGGCGGUGGCGCAUGCGCAGUCAGACUUUGGUCAUCCCGGUAGGCUCGUGUCGUUCGUGUUGAACAGCCGGGAAAACAAACGGGCAGCGCGCGCCUCUGCUCACCGGGAGACAAUAAAGGAAUUCCGAGCGUUUUACCGGAAAUAUCUGCUCCUGAAGCGCGAGAUACAGGAACACGGGAAUACGCCGUCAGCCGGAUGAGUAGGACGCCACCCGCCAAGCGCGGGAUUCGGUUUGAGGUCGGGGCGUCUGUGGAGGCGAGGGACAGUCUCAAAAACUGGUACGCUGCCAACAUUGAAAAAAUCGACUAUGAGGACGAGAAGGUUCUGAUACACUACCGUCAGUGGAGUCACCGCUAUGACGAGUGGUUCGACUGGACCAGUCCGUACCUCAGACCUGUGGAGAGGGUCCAGCUGAGAAGGCAGGGGCUGCAGGAGGGCGGCCCGGUACCGGGUUUCCGUGUAAAUGAAAAGGUUCUCGCGAGCUGGUCAGACUGUCGGUUCUACCCUGCUAAAGUUUUGUCCGUCAAUAAAGAUGCUUCUUACACCGUGAAGUUCUACGAUGGCGUCGUCCAGACCGUUAAGGAGAUGCACGUAAAGCCCUUUAUUAGUGAGAAAAUCAGGCAGAAAUCCAGUCCAUCUGACAGAAAUGGAGAGAAGCCGCCGUCUCCACGUGCAGAGAAGCAUUCCAGACCGCUGGGUAACCCAUCCUGCAGGACCAGGAGAACCCCCCCUAGAACUCCCCAGCGGGACAGUGAGGAUGACUCUGAGGAAGAGGAGGGGGACUCUGAUGAAGGAGCUAAGGAGGAAUGGAGCCAAAGGAAAUCAAACACGAGAUCAAUACAGCAGAUCAGAGAUGUGGGCGGAGCCGAGAGCUUUCUCCUGAGCGAAGAAGAUGAGAAAAUGGAGCACGAGAGAGUGGCGGAAUACAUUGGACAGCAUAACUACAGCAAAGCAUUCCUAAAAAAGACCUCCCUGAACGGAGAACCGGACACAGACACAGAACACAACUCGGAUUCAGAUUCAGCUGAAAGAAUAGAAAACCAAGAUGAGAAAAAAGAGGCGGAGCUUUCGGAACCAAGCGAAGAGGGGGAGGAGCAUCCACCACAGAGCAGAACAUCUGAGGGAGUUCCAGUGGGAGGAAUUAAGAGAAGAUCAGUCAGAGAGGACAGAGCAUCAUUAAAGAAGAUUAAAACUAGUUUGGGUAAAGAUGGACCAGAGUGUCCUGUACCGUCAGCACAGAUCUGCAGUGGUGAUGUGACAUUAAAGAACGGGCAAUCGGAAAUCUCACAAACUCAAAACACGCCUGCUAAAUCUGGGAAAAAGCAAGGCUUAAAUCCAAACCGAUUCAGCCGAGAGCCGCUGUACAGAGUGAUUAAGAACCAGCCGGCGCCGGUUCUCUCCUUGGAUCUGGAUCAUAACCCGUAUAAGUGCAGUUCUCCAGGCUGCAGCAAAUCCUUCCGGAAGGCUAAACUCCUGCACUACCACAGAAAGUACUACCACGGAGAGGACCGGCCCGCAGACGAGGAGAUGAGUCCAAAUACCAGCGUUCUGACUGGAGUAAAGGACCAGUUGGGGCCUUCGGAUAACUGGGAGAAUCCCAAACCGAGGGGUGGAGUAUCAGUUCCACUGUUGAAUCACAGUGCCAGUCGGUCUCCCACAUCUUCUAAAGCAGAAGGCAGAAGCUCUAUUCAUAUAACAGAGAGGAGGCGAGUCUCUGUGCCCCCUUCAGGUGGCGUGCAGGAACAUCAGAUACGACCCUCGCUGAAGGAGAAGAGCAGAGAGAACCCACCAGACAGAACCAGUCGCAGAACCGUGGAGAAAAGCCCUGUGAACACAGCUCGGUUGAACAGAUCUAAAGAGAGGAAGUCCAGGAGUUUCCUGCGGAUCAAAUUGAAGAAAAAGAAGAAGAAAAAGAAGUCCAAGUCAGGCAGUGAGGAGAACGUGGACAUCUUGGGGUUUGGGCUGAAGUCCAAACUGAACCUCUUCAGAUCCCCCGUCUUCCGCAAGAACGCGGCUGAAGCUUUACUCAGCAGGCGGGGGUGUGACCAGGCGGGAAGGACGGAGCUGGAUGGUGAAGACAGUGUAUCUGAUUGGUCCUCUGACAGUUAUGGGUGGAGUGAUGAAACUGGGCCGGACCUUCACAUCAUAUCCUCCCGCCUCGGCCGUGGCUCUGUGGUUUCAGCAGCUGUUGGUCGGAAGGUGAUUCGCUGUCUUUGUAAGGCAGAGGAUGAAAAUGACUUCAUGAUUCAGUGUGCAGAGUGUAGGUGUUGGCAGCAUGGCUCCUGCAUGGGUCUUCUGCAGGAGAGCGCUCCAGACAGAUACGUCUGCUUCAUCUGCCAAGAUCCACCGGGUCAGAACUGCGGUCAGAGGCAGAGCCUGCGGUACUGGUAUGAUCGUGAUUGGCUGAGCAGUGGUCACAUGUAUGGCUUGUCGUUCCUAGAGGAGAAUUAUUCCCAUCAGAAUGCCGGGAAGAUCACAGCCACUCACCAGCUGCUGGGGGACGUCCAGCACGUGGUGGAGGUGCUCAGCGGCCUACAGCUCAAAAUCAGCGUCCUGCAGAAUGAAACUCACCCAGACCUGAGACUCUGGUGCCAGCCAUGGAAGCAGACAGAGCGAUGUCGCAAGAACACUGCCCACAGUGUAGCCUCUGCACGCGCCAAAGGUUCUGUUCCCCAGGAUCUCCAGAGAACAGAAUCAGAGGAGCAUCUCUCAGAUAUACCUUCCUCACCUGCAUCGUUCUGUAACUCGUACAUCAGCAGUGAACACUGCUACCCAAAGCCCUGGGUGUUCUACCCGGCACUGGAGGAGCGGCUGGUGGUAGAGAGGUGGACGGAGUCAGAACUGGAGGACGGGCUGCGAGCCUGCAAGAGGGUCCUGCAGUACGAGGAGUGUUAUAGAGAGGAGCUCCAGUCUAGUCAGACCAGAACCAAUCAGGAGAAGGUUUUGGACGAUUGUACGAGUGUAGUACUGGCUGGCAACAGGGAUGAGCUGACUGGCGGGACCCAGCAGCAGCAAUGGCAGAUUAACCUGCUGGAGCACAUCGAGUCUGUGCAGGAGGAGAUCACCCACAGGAUGGACUUCAUCGAGAAGGAGCUAGAUGUGUUGGAGAGCUGGCUGGACUGUACGGGUGAACUGGAGCCUCCAGAACCGCUGGACCGCCUGCCUGAGCUCAAGCACAGUAUAAAACAGCUGAUGGGUGAACUGGUGAAGAUCCAGCAGAUCGCCCUGGCGUGCACUACCUGAUGUUUGCAGAACUCCAAAAGGACAUGAGCACUGGUCAGGAUAGAGACAAGAGGGGGCAUAGCAGGGCAAGCAAAUGACUGGACUUAUUAUGGGAUGCAGAAACAGGGGAAUUCAAAACUUGAAUUUUUUUUUUUUUGUUGCACUUUUUCACUUAAAAAGAGAAUCUUCCUCCUAAGAAUUUCAUGUGAACAACAGGUCACAAAUUAUAUAUCUGUAAUAAUCAUUAAAAAACUUGAUUGAAUAAAAAAAAUGAUGUCAUUACAAUACUCCUAAAUGUAUAUACCAAUGUUCUGUUUUAUACACUCCUGUUAGACCAUUAAAAUGUGUUGGAUAUAUAUAUA